AGAAUCCAACUAAUAGCGAUGGAUACGGGAACGGAGUUUACUUCCGGCAGCCGUGCCGCCGCCGUCAGUUUAGAACAACAGAAUCAACCUAAAAGGCUAUGUCGUUCGAUCUUUGAAUUACCAUCGGAUUUCUUAGAUUCAUGCCGUCUUCUUGAACAUCCGUCAACCUCAUCAACCGCCUUCAUCCCUGAACUAGAAACUAAGGAAACUACUCUGCAAGAUGAAGAGUCGACGAAGGAUAAAAAUGUCAGUACGAGUGAGAGAUUGACGUGUAAUACUUGUAAAGCCAGUUUUGAGUCGCUUCAAGAUCAACGGUCUCACUUCAAGUCCGAUUUCCAUCGAUUCAAUGUAAAGCUCACGGUUGCUGGAAAGGAUACUGUGAAAGAGGAUGAUUUUGAUGAAUGGACAUCUGAUUCGUUAGUUAAAGAUUAUGACAUAUCAAGUAUAUCAGGCUCAGAAGAUGAAGAUGACAGAGAAUCUAGCCUCCACAAUGAUAUGAACAAGGGAUUGUUGGGAAGUACUAAAAGGAAACUUUUUGUACAUUUAGCAAAUGGAGAAAUAACUUCUUUCUGGAAGUGCUUGUUUCUAGAUGAUGCGGUGAAAAUUCUUUUUGAACAUGAUAAAUCUGGUACAAUGGCAGAUGGUGUUAUGCCUUUUGUAACAGAGAGGGAAGUGACUGAAAGACUGCGUAAUGUGAUCCAUGAACCCAGAGACAAUACCCAUUUUAGAGUGAUGUUGCUUGCCAGUGGCGGGCAUUUUGCUGGUUGUGUCUUUGAUGGAAACUCCGUUGUGGCCCACAAAACAUUCCACAGAUAUGUCAUAAGGGCCAAGGCUGGUAAAAAACAGUCAUCAAAAGAUGCUAGUGGCAAAAUUGCACAUUCUGCAGGAGCUUCAAUUCGUCGGCACAAUGAGCUAGCCUUAAAGAAGGAAAUUCGGGAAUUACUUGCUGCCUGGAAGCCUUAUUUUGAUGCUUCCUCUUGUAUUUUCGUUCAUGCUCCCUCAGACAACCGUCAACUGCUAUUUGAUGGUGAAACUCCAUGCUUCAGUUGUCAGAGAAGUACUAUCAGACGCAUCCCGUUGACUGUUCGGAGACCGACAUUCAAGGAAGCUCGGCGACUAUAUAACAUAUUGACACAAAUUUCCGUUGAACCAGAUGAAGAAAUAGUGCAUGUUAGUAAAGAAGAUUCGAGAACUACAGAUAGACAUGAGGGCUUGCCGGGUUCUAGCAAAAAGAAUUUGGGGGAUAAUUUGGAUACCAUGGAAGUUGCUGAAGCUAGUCUGAAGGAUUUGUCUGUAUCAAAUGGUAAGGAGAGUCAAGUCACUCUUAUGUUGACACCUCUACAUGAAGCAGCAAAGGCUGGGGAUGUAGAAAAAGUUCAUGAACUACUAGAACAAGGUUCAGAUCCUUGUGUCAUAGAUGAAAGGGGGAGGACCCCUUAUAUGCUUGCAACUGAAAAGGAAGUUAGAAACACAUUUAGACGUUUUAUGGCUUUGAACCUUGAUAAGUGGGAUUGGCAAGCUGCCAAAGUUCCCAGUCCAUUGACGAAAGAGAUGGAGGAAUCACAGAACGCUAAACAGGCAGAGAAAGAUGCUAAAAGGAAAGCAAGAGCAAAAGAACUGAAGAAGCUGCGGAAAGCUAGAGAAAAGAAGGCUCAGGCGGAGGCUGCCCAAUCACAGAAAUCUUCAUCAUCAACUCAAUUACAAUCCAGCAGACCGCAGAUGACUAGAGAGGAAGAACUAAAACGAGCCCAAGAUGAAGAGCGGGAGAAGAGAGCUGCUGCCGCUGAGCGUAGAAUUGCAGCCCUCCAAUCCUCAACUCCAGGUUCCGCUACAUCAUCCGACACCUUAUGUUCGUGUUGUCAAGCAUCGUUGGCUGGUAAAGUUCCGUUUCACAGGUAUAAUUAUAAAUACUGCAGCACAUCAUGCAUGCAUGUUCACAGAGAGAUCCUUGAGGAUGAAUGAAUAACAAAUUAACGUUAGCUUUUUCCGAUUUUACCGCCUUCCCUGUUUUCAAUUUCCGAUGAUUGAAUCGUAACAAUUGAUUUCUUCUGCUCGUUAAAUCUUAAUCCGAAAGUAGUCAUUUUCUGUUCCA